GUGAUUUUGAGUUAUCAGUAAAUUUGUUGCAUACCAAUAUUGGAAUGUCACUAAUUACUUCGGAUUGAGUAUGCUAUAUAAUAGAUCGCAAGACUGUGUCAUGAAUCAAUGGUUCUGAGCAAACGUUUUUGAGGUUCAAGCUAAGUCAGUUGGAAAUUAUUGCAACAAUGAGCAUCUUCAUAGUUUCUUUAGUUCUUGCCGUCGUUACGGGGGUUGUUAUCGCUGAUCCUGUUAAAAAGAAGUCUGAGGAUUUUGGACAAAUGAUGGAGGAAAAUUCUGAAGCGGCUUUUCAACCUCGGGUAACUUGCGACAUUCUUGGACCAACUGGAUGGGGUGAUGCUGCUUGUGCAGCACAUUGCAUCGCUAUUGGAUACAGUGGCGGAUGGUGCGAUAAUCGCAAGGUCUGUAACUGCAGAAGAUGAUUUCAGAUUUGAUUUGCAGAUUUCAGUUAAAAUCUACAAAUUUGAAAUAAAUGCUUUUUUGAGAAAUAAUAAAUGAAUUAUCAAUAUUAAAAGAUAA